AUGAAGGCUGAGAACUUGACUUCUGUCACAGAGUUCAUCUUGAUGGGACUUUCCAGCCACCACAAGACACAGAUUCUGCUCUUUGUGAUAAUUUUCCUUGUCUACUUGCUGACCGUUCUGGGGAACUUGACAGUUAUCCUGCUAGUGCAGGCUGACACACACCUCCAAACACCCAUGUACUACUUCUUAACCCACCUCUCAGGCCUGGAGAUUUGUUACAUCACCACCACUUUGCCCCAGGUGUUGACUCACCUCAUGGCUGGAAAUGGAGCCAUUUCUUUCCUCCGUUGUGCAAUCCAGAUGCACAUGCUAUCCUCCCUGGGUGGCACCGAAUGCUUUCUGCUGGGCGUCAUGGCCUAUGACCGCUACUUGGCCAUCUGCCAUCCCCUCCUCUAUACCAUUGCCAUGGGUAGAUGGCGCCAAUUGCAGCUCGCCUUAGCUUCAUGGGUGAGCGGCUUCCUCUGCUCUACCAUAAAUGCCAGUUGUACCUUUAGCUACCCCUAUUGUGGUCCGAACCACAUCAACCACUUUGUCUGUGAACUGCCGGUGGUUCUGAAACUUGCGUGUGCUGACACCAGUGUCACAGAAAUUGUCAUUUCUGGCACAUCUGCGCUGAUCGUCCUGGGUUCCCUCUCUGUGAUCCUGACGUCUUAUGGGCUCAUUCUGUCCUCUGUGUUAAAAAUGCAGUCAGUCGCUGGGAUGCGCAAAGCCUUCUCCACUUGCGCUUCCCACCUGGCAGUGGUCACCUUGUUUUAUGGCACUGUCAUCACCAUGUACUUGAGACCUGGGUUGGGCUCGGGUUCGGAUUUUGACAAGAAAAUUGCAGUCUUCUACAUUAUGGUCACUCCUCUGCUCAACCCUAUCAUUUACUGCUUGCGGAAUAAGGACAUCCAUGCGGCAGUGGCCAAGGUGCUGCAAAGACUAGUUUUUCUACAGAAAAGGUGA